UGGAAAAUGUCAUGCUUUUAUCAUAAAAUGCACAAUACCGUUUAUAUAUGAGUUUAUCAGCUGUACUAAAAGAGCAUUCACAUUCACACUGUCCAAUGUACCCAAGCUUUUAUUUACAUUUAACACAUUGAAAUGAAAUCUGGAAACGAGGCAUAAUAUGAAAAAAGUAAUGCAUUUAUUAAAUCAUUGAUAAGGGAUUUCAUCUUUAAUAUGUAAUACAAUAUAGUAUACUGUAUAUUUAGCAAGCCCACUGUUUAAUAACACCCCUUUAACCUUCUACACCCCAGUGUCAUCCCAUCCUAAUGUCCUGUCCACCUCCAUAUUGAGUACAACCACCUGAACAAUUAAUAUUCCUAAUGUCUAUAAAGGAUUCCCAGAAAUUAAGAAUGGGAUGAAGUUGAACGUUCGGCAGUGGUCAAACUGGAACUAACUGGCUGUACUGUCCACCCAGGCUCUAUCUAUGGAACUCUGGAAUCCCCUCUGCUUCAGAACACCCUCAAGAGUCUUUCUCAUUGGCUGAGUGCUCCUGUCACUUGGCAUCACACUCAGCCACACCCCCUCAGCCUUUAUCAGACUUUUAGAUACAGCAAGAGAUCGGUGUGCCUGUCUCUUAUGAACCUGAAUGAGUGAAAGCAUGCUGUCUGAAAUUACUUGUGACAUUUCCAGGAGCCCUUUUAGCUUCCAUUAGUAACCACCAUACUGGAACUUUAUAAGUAUUGUUUUUUGAAAAUUUCAAGGACUACAAUAACUGGCUAAAUAUACAUACAUGUGUACAUACAUACAUAUACAUUUAUGUAUUCAUUUUUUUUUUUUUAAUAAAAAGGCUGAACACAGCAGGCAAGUCUCUCCAGAGUGGAUUACCAGUGCCUGUGUGCUGUGUGAGAUGUAACCUGAAGCACUGUCAAACAGCAGAGUGAGAGCUGCAAGCAGGAUAGAUGCCGGUCUUGGUCAUCACACCCAUGGAAUACAAUGACGUGAACCAAUAGCCAGAAUGGAUGAUGCGAUGGAAGUGCGGACUGAUGGCAACUCCCUGCUGAAAGCGGUCUACCUCUGCAGGCUGCGCCUCACCCGGCUGCUCCUGGAAGGGGGCGCCUAUAUAAACGAGAGCAACGAGCGUGGGGAGACCCCUUUAAUGAUUGCCUGCAAAACCAAGCAUGUGGACCAGCAGAGCGUCAGCAAGGCUAAAAUGGUGAAGUACCUCCUGGAGAACAGCGCCGACCCCAACAUCCAAGACAAGACGGGGAAGACGGCACUCAUGCAUGCCUGCCUGGAGAGGGCAGGGGUGGAGGUGGUGUCCCUGCUCUUGAAGAGCGGAGCCGAUCCCAGCCUGGACGACCACUCAAGCAGCUCAGCCCUGGUGUACGCUGUCAACUCGGAAGACAAAGACACCCUGAAAGUCCUCCUAGAUGCCUGCAAGGCUAGGGGCAAAGAGGUCAUUAUCAUCACCACGGACAAGUCGCUAUCAGGGAGGCAGAUGACCAAGCAGUACCUGAACGUGCCUCCCCCUCCAGACCUCGACGACAGGCAUUCCCCAAUCCCUUGCAUGUCUCCAUCAGAGAUCGAGCUGAAAACCACCUCUCCGUUAUCCACCUGCACUGACCAGGAACCGCACUUGUUCAACUUCAAAGACCAAGGACCUCACUCUAACGGCAAAGGUUUGUCACAGCCUGGUUCCCCCACCAGAAAGCCCAGCCCAGCCCGUGGGGUCGCCAAGCUGCUCCACCUGCAGCGUCUCCACUCCGAACCCUGGCUGAAGAUCCCCCAGUCCCUCCUCCACCAGAACAAAGCCAUGUCCUUAAAUGAAGACCUGCAAGACAUCACCCCGGAGGAAGAGGUCAACAGGCUACCCUUCCUCAAGCAGCAUGUCACCCGGCACCAGAGCAUCGACGUGAAGGACACCAACGGCUUGCUGAAGACCUUAGAGCAGGUGCCCAGGAAGAUGUCCUACGAUGAGAUUUACUCCCACUCCUCUCACGUCGAUGCCUGCCGGAACAGCAGCGCCGUCCCUGUAGACCAGGACCCCGAUUCCGUUCAGAUCCUCGCUGUGUCGAGCCUGAGAAACAUUGUCCAGAGACGCAACAUCGGAGUGGAUCACUACAGCUCGGAUUCCCAGCUCCCUGUGUACACCACACCUGUGGCCAGCGAAGACAGCAAGGGGCUUCUGGAGAAGAAGCUCAUCUCCAUGCGGUCUUCCACCAUGUCCAGCUCGAGGGAGUCUCUGGAGAACGUGUGCGCUGCUUCAGUGAGCAGGAGGCACCCGGGGGUGUUGGAGCGCAGGGGGUCGGGAGCCUUGCUUUUAGAUCACAUUUCUCACACGAGGCCAGGCUACCUCCCUCCUCUCAACCCCCACCCACCAAUCCCAGACAUCGGGGCCAACAAUAACAAGCCUGCUGGGGUCAUCUCUGGUGGCCCCAAACCCCUUAUUCCCACCGCGCCUGCCUUCCCAAAGGAUCUCAAAGCUAAGAAAAUGCUGCUACGGAGACACUCGAUGCAGACUGAACAGAUUAAACAGCUAGUUAAUUUUGAGGAGAUUUUCGGUCAUUAAUUUGUGAAGAUUGAGCCAUUGUCUUUGAUUGUAAAAUAUACAUUCCAUAGCAUUUUGUGUGCUCUUAUUUCUGCUGUAGUGCAUCUGUUCCUGUUUGCUAUUAAGUAUGACAUCUCAUUUUGUUACAAACAUUGUACGGGACCCAAAGAGAAGGUGACCAUAUGGCUUUGUGUUCAGCGGGACAGUUUGGGAUAGUUCAGGCUUUUCAACUCACAACCCAAUGCAUUCUGGUGUAGUCCUGCUUCUCUUAAAGACAGGUAAAACAGAGUUUAUUUUGUUGGGUAGGGUGUGUGGCCCCUCCCUAUCUGAAUCAGGUCAGAAUGGCACUAGUUAUCAUAAGAAUGUGAUAACACUGAUGAUGGCACAGGGCUGAAUGGCACCAGUUAUUAUAAGAAUGUGAUAACACUGAUGAUAGCACAGGGCUGAAUGGCACCAGUUAUUAUAACAAUGUGAUAACACUGAUGAUGGCACAGGGCUGAAUGUUUAAGACUCAUAGUCUAUGGAUGAUCAAUCAAUCAAUCAAAUGAUAUAUUCCAUGCCAAGACUUUUCCUAAUACUUUAAUGUUGUUAUUUAAUAAAUAUUUAAGUAUUUGGAAUAUUAGUCUUGCACCUGUGCAGAUACGUAAAGGGAAUGCUGCACAUUCUGAAUAAUUCAAACUUCAUUUGCAAAGAUGAUUAUUUAUUAUGUAUUGUAAAAUAUAUCAUUUAAUAAAUUAUGUAACUAUAUUUAAAACAAUUGUUUUGCCUCUGUAGAAUGGUGAUUAUGCAUAUCCAAUGAUUUUGAGAACUGACUAUCAAAACAUUCACCCCUGUAAAAGUUUACCUUAGUAACAAAAUGUAAUAAAGCAUUGUAAAAUACACAGUAUAACUACUGGAAAAGCAUGGUCAAACUAAAAAUGGUUGCACUACUUUUACAAGGGCAGUACCAUACAGAUUCAAUUUAGAAGGUGAUCAUUUGAACCUGUGAUAGCUAGUCUCCCACCUCCUCAGAUAUUUGAAUAUUUUGUUCACCUAAAAAACAACUGGUCAUUUCCAUAACAGAAAAAAAAUGUACUGGAAAAAAGUUGUUAUUUUUGGUUUUGCAUGUGACAAAAACACACACAGUAAAACCGACUGGGUUUAUUGUUGGUUUUGAGACAACACAUGUUAAGACAAUAGAAGUUACUGUUAGUCCUCACUAUUCUUUCUUGUCUCGCUAGUCUUGCUUGACUUUGUUUUCAUUGGGUCUUUAUGAGAUAAAAAAAAAAAAAAAUUCAAUCUCCUUGUUUUUCCAUUCUUUGUCACUGAAAAUAAAAUCACCCCUUAAUUUAAAUAAAGGAGAACUUAAAAUGUGCUAAGGAAGUCAGGAGUUGUCCCCACUUAAUAACCCCCUUAAGCACUCCCUGAACCCACAGUGGAGUGAAAUAAAGAAGUAAACACACCUUUCAACAUGUAUGACAAGUAAGGGGAAUUAAAAUAAGAUUAACGGAAGAAUGACCUUAACAUUAGUAGCAUUCUUGAGAUCGACCAAUAAAAAGAAGGUGACUUUCAGGGGGAGAUGAAGGGAUCUGGCUCCAGAAUGGGUAUGGUGGUAAACUGGUCAGUUCCCACCGAACCCCAGGCUAGCGUUUCUAAUCAAAUCCAUGCAGUCCAUGCACAGGCCGCAGCACUCUGACAGCUCUAUAUACACAAGAUAUCGCUGCGUUUGUCAAGUCUGGCUGUGUACACGAACCAUGAGAACCUCAACGCAGCACCCUGCUGCAGCACCACCCAAAGCUAAUGUCAGUCUGAUAACAUUCAAAGUCAAAUAACGCAGCAAUUCCCUCGUUUCCAAUUGAAAUACAGAACCCUACAAACAAUAGAGCUUAUCUCGCAUGUUGUCUUGCACAGCAGGUCAAACAGAAAGCUAUGUAUAGCAACAACAAACCCUGUUGGAGGCACAAAAGAUCUCAAUUGCUGUCUAUCACUUACGUGUUUUUGUGAGUUUGAACUUGUUUGAACUUGUUCUGCUAAAUAUUAUUCCGUCAUGCCAUGCUGUUUUUAUUUGAUUUCUAGAGAACGAAAAAAUAAAAAAAAUUGUGUUUAAAUGAAAAGGUGUACAAUAUCGCCCACUUUACACACACUGGGAUGUACGUGUUUACUUGGAUCUGUAAUCUACUGAGGAGAAAAUGAGAAACAAACAACU